AUGGAGGAGCUCAUGAAGAUGAAUGAGCCCCAAGCUAACUCCACCGUCAUGGAUGACAACCCCACUUUGGAAUCCCAUCCAAGGAUUGUACAAGAGGUCGAAAACGAGCAAAAUGCUAAGGGAGAGGAGAGUUUCGAAGGAGUGGAGGAUUGUUACGCCCCGGGUUCCUACAUUCACAUGCAUAUUCCAGGAAAGAGUGUUUCUCCGAAGAAUGAUUUUUACAUGAUGAAAUUUUAUUCUGAAACAUUGGUCAAAGAUUAUAAAGGAUGUGAUUUUCCAAGGAAUAUGUAUAGACUACAGCCAUUUGAAAUUCUGAACACACUAGAUGCAAAUAUUUUGGUUGAUGUCAUUGGCCGUGUAGUUGAAAUAUACUCUCCAUUGGAGAAGAUGAUUAACGGGAGACCCUCUCAGUUGAUAGAUUUUCUGAUUGAAGAUUUGAAGGGUAAUCAAGUGAAAUGCACUGUCUGGGAUGACCAUGUAGAGAAAGUGAUGCCUUUUUUUAAAAGUGAUCUUUUGGAUCCAGUGGUUGUUCUAAUUCAGAUGGGUCGGAUUAAGCUGGUCGAAAAAUCUGGAGAAGUAAAAAUUUGUAGUUCUUAUGAUGCUACAAAUUUACUAUUCAACCAAAACACUUUGGAGUUUGUGGAAUUCAGAGAUAGUCUAUGUAUGCAGCAGCAAACACCUUUGAAGAGCAUUACAUCGAAUUCUACUUUCAGUUAUGGUACUACAAGUGGAGAGGACUUAAGCAGUACAAAAAUGCAGAUCACAACAUUAUCUGAGAUCUUUUCUAAAAGAGAGACUAGUGAAUUUUGGGUACCAUGCAAGAUUAUAGGUAUUGAGUCUGAUCCCAAUGAUUGGUAUUACGACUCUUGCCCUAAACAAAACUGUAAUAAGAAGUUGGAAUUCAACUCUGGAAUGUAUGAUUGUGGGAAAUGUGGUGGUCGGUUUAUUAAAGGUAACCUAAGAUAUAAGCUUAAAAUUCGUGUAGUUGAUGUUAAAGGGACAGCUCCACUCCUUUUAUGGGACCGUGAAGUUCUUGAGUUGUUGUGUUUAAAGGCAGAUGAAUUGAAGGCUAUGCAGCCAUCUGAAUUUAAAAGGGAGAGGUCUGUUUUUGAAGAUUUCUGUGAGAAGUGA